CGCCUCUCCACCUCGGAUGAGCUGCAGACCAUCGGGGAGCAGAGCACGGCGGGACCAGAGGGUGGUUCGGAUUUUACUGAGCAGGACACGGACUGAAGUUCUUCGGGCCAAAGAGAUCAAGCCUAGCGACACCUAAGAUGGCCACCGCAAGCACCUCAGGGCAAAGUCCCUUUGGCCUGGGUAGGAGGAAACGUCACCCAGGUAUCCUGGACCAGAUUGGCAGGUUCUUUGGAGGAGACAAGCGAAGGAAGGGCAAGGGGUCUUUCCGGACCCACCUGUCUGCCUCUCCGCAAAGGCCCCUGCACGCCUCUGCCCGCCGCCGUGGACAGGACAAUGCUGUGGUCCAUUUCUUCAAAAGCAUUGUGUCCCCACCUCGUCCUAAAUCCAGGUGGAGAGGACUGUCCGCCAAAUUAGGCUGGGGGGACCGCAGGUCCUCGCCAGCGCGCUUCUAUGAGGUCGCAAAGUCGCCCCUCAAAGGACGCCGUGGGGGCGAUGGCCAGGGAACAUUCUCCAAACUCUUCAAACUGGGAGGACGCCGAUCCCGAUCGCCUUCCAAACGCUGACGUCCCACCUCAAGAUCCAACCUCAACCCAACAAGCGGUUGAUAGUAAUGAGAAGCAAAGAAUUCCAAAAAAGAUCGACGUGAAAGACUCACACCUCAGCCGGCUUGUAACGCACUAAAAGCAGCUUGCCUUGCUAUAUAGACAGCCACGCGGUAGUGCUAACACAACCCAUGGCUGACGUCUACAUGCAUUCAUUCUCAAACGAGAACUGUUUUUGAAUUCUUUGAUGGUACCCUCAUAAGCUCAGGCUUGGGGGAUUAUUUUUUUCUCCUUUUCUCAACUUUUUCAUUUUUUUGUGGC